AUGGGGUUUUUACAAGAAUCCAAAACCUCGGGCGAGCCUCUACCCUCCAGCAGAGAGCCCUCAACCAGCGAAGGAGUCGUAGGCGUCACCGAAGAUGCAAUCUUCUCAAAGUACGGCUCUACGCAGCGAGGACUGUCGAACCGUCAUCUGCAGCUCAUGGUCAUCGCCAGCUCUAUAGGAACUGGCCUCUUCGUCGGCAUCGGAAGCGCACUCAGGACUGCCGGACCGCUGUCGGUCCUUCUGGCGUACCUCAUUUACCCCAUCAUCUUUAUCCUCCCAUGCUCGCUUGGCGUAGCAGAAAUGGCGACUCACUUGCCGAUUCGUGGAAGCAUCUACGAGUUCGCUAGCCGAUACGUUGAUCCAGCCUUUGGCUUUGCAUUGGGAUGGACCUACUUUUUCGCCAGUGCCAUGUUAUUCUGUACCGAGCUUUCGGCGGUUGUUACCGUCAUGGGAUACUGGCAGAUUGAUGUGAAUCCUGCCGCGUGGGUGGCCAUGGCCUUAGUUGUCUGCGUCUUCCUCAACUUAUUCGCAGUCAAGUGGUACGGCGAAUCGGAGUUCAUCUUUUCCUGCACAAAGAUCCUCCUCAUUAUCGGUCUCCUCCUCCUGACACUAAUCACAAUGUGCGGCGGCAACCCAAAGCACUGGGCAUAUGGCUUUCACAACUGGUCCAACGGCGAAGUCAUGCACGAGUACAUGGGCGAAGGUGCCAAGGGCCGCUUCCUCGGGUUCUGGAGCAUCAUGAUCUACGCCGCCUUCUCCAUCGCGGGACCAGACUUCAUCGCCCUCAGCGCCGCGGAAAUGAAGAACCCGCGACGCAACAUCCCGCGCUGCGCCCGCGCCACGUUUCUGCGCAUCUUCAUCUUCUACGUCUUGGGAUCGCUGGCCGUGGGGAUUCUUUGCGACAGCGAGGAUCCCAGGCUCUUGGCAGCGUUGGGCGAUUCCUCGGUCGGCUCGGCUGCGAGCCCCUGGGUCAUCGGCAUCGAGAACUUGGGAAUCCACGGCCUUGCGAGCUUCAUCAAUGUGCUUAUCCUCAUUAGCGGUUGGAGCUGUGGGAAUGCCAUGCUUUACUCGUCGUCGCGGACUCUCUACUCCCUUGCCAUGAGCGGCCACGCCCCGAGGAUCUUUCUGAAAUGUACCGAGACGGGAAAUCCUAUCUACUGUGUGGUUGCUGUCAGUCUCAUUUCAUGCAUCACCUUUUUGGUCGCUUCAACCGAUGGUGCAACCGUUUUUGGAUGGUUUGUUGGCCUGUCCACUUGCGGCUUUGUCCUCUCCUACACAGCCAUGCACAUUACCUACAUAGGUUGGUACAGAGCUCUGAAGGCCCAGGGUAUCUCUCGAGACACUCUGCACUGGAAAGCGCCCUUCAUGCCGUACGGUGCUUAUAUCGGGACUGUAUUUGGGUGUAUUGUUCUUCUCUUUUUGGGAUUCGACACUUUCAAGCCCUUUUCAGUUUCUGGAUUCAUCACGAGCUACUUUGGUAUCGCUUACAUGGCUGUCGUUUAUGCAUUCUGGAAAAUCUUCAAACGCGACAAGUUUGUCAAGGCAAGGGAUGCUGAUUUGUGGAGUGGUAAAGAGGAGGUUGAUCAGCAGUGCAGUCAAUGGGAGGGUAAGGAUGUGGUCAGCCGGAAGAACUUGGUUCAGCGCCUUUGGGCUGCAAUGUGGUGA